CCUUAGCAUCCACUCUGAAACCCGAAGCAGAGACGGGCAGCGGAGAAGGGUGGUCGAGGAGGAGGAGAAAGGUGCGAUUUUUCGUCCCUUUUCUGCGAUUUAUUGGGCGACGUAUCGGUUUCAGUUUCCGUGAUUUUGGUUGGGGGAUCGAUCCGAUUCCACAAGGAAGCUUCCUGAAACGCGGAGGAGGAUCACGUGUGGCGGUCGAUCACUGUCACCCCAAUUCGUUCGUCUUCCCGGUGUCCUUCGAGAACUAAAGUAGGUCGUAGCGUCGCCGUCGAUUCCUUGGGGCGUGGAUCCUCUCCGAUUUAGGUUUUUGGGGUUCUUGUUCUUCCGCUGAUAUAGUUUCUAAGGGGUUGGUUUGAAUUCUUCGUUUUGUUUCGAGAAGUGCCGUCGGAUUGGUACGCAUGAUUGUCUUAGGGUUUUGAAUCGCAUGGAUAUAGGAGUCCAAAGGAAUCGGUUGUUUCACGGAGCAGUGAGUUAGAGUGUUGUUCUUAAUUCUCCAUAUGAUAAAAAAGAAGGCUUCUUGAGGUGGAGUCUGGGCCUUCCUUGUCUCUUGAUUAUGACAGGAUUUAUUUUGUCGUAAUCAGUUCAUUGGGCACUCCACUGAGUGGUCUAAAGUUUCUUCUGUGGAAAGCUGACUCAGAAUUCGUUGGUUAACGAGACUUUUCCAUCAUUUUAGAUAGCAACAAAUGAACAGACCAGAAUGAGAGGGCUAGAAAGGCCCAUCGUCUAUGGAACCCGUGGGAAAGAGGUUCCCUAAUCUGUUCAAGUUGGUGAAAUCCUGGAUUACUUGGAAGACUGAACCAGAUUCAAUUUCAAGGGCCUUUUGGAUGCCUGAUGAUAGUUGUAUGGUAUGUUAUGAAUGUGACUCACAAUUCACAGUUUUCAAUCGCAGACACCAUUGUCGGAAGUGUGGGCGCAUUUUCUGUGCUAAGUGCACCUCAAAUUUUAUCCCUGUAAAUUCGUAUGAGUCAGAGAGUCUCCAGCAGGAGGGGGAGUUGAUUCGUGUGUGCAACUUCUGUUUCAAGCAGCGGGAGGAUGUGACAACUGCAAGAUAUGAAGCAGAGCCAUCAAGCCCUAUUCUUAGUCCUUCCCUUUCAAAUACAAGUUUUGAUAGCACAAAGUCCAGUGGUGCUGGUAACAGUAGCCUGUCAGCAGCAGUUUCUUACACAUACUCAGGUGGAGCUUUCCAGCAACCGUCCUAUGCUCCUGCUCCUAGUCCCAACCAGUCUGUCCAGUUGGAAAAUUGCUUUGACAAACAAGACUUGCUGAUAGAAGAGGGUUGCAUGGAUUCCUUGGUGGAUAACGGUGACCAUUCACCUACUCGAUUCGGGCUUUGCUUAAACAGGAGUGAUGAUGAAGAAGAUGAUUUUGGAACGUGUCAGUGGGAUUCAGAAGAACAAAGGUAUGCCAACUCUGAUGAAUUUUAUGGGCCACUUGAAUUUGACGAAUCUGUAAAGAGAUGUGGAUCACAUAAACCACAUCCUGCUGAAGGAGAUAUUGACACUCAAGAAAUCAGCGUUCCAUUGCUCGACAACAGAAAUUACCACACUCAUUUAAGCACUGAUAAGGUAGAAGAACAUUGUACUGUAAAUAAUGUUGAAUGUGAUACUUCAUCUUCCAUAUUUGGCGUGGACACUAGUGAUGCAGAACCUAUGGAUUUUGAGAACAAUAAACAACUUUGGCUGCCUCCGGAGCCUGAAAAUGAAGAAGAUGAGAAAGAAGCUGUUUUCUUUGAAGAUGAAGAAGAUGAUGCUACAGGAGAAUGGCGCUAUAUGCGUUCAUUGAAUAGCUUUGGAAGUUUUGAGCACAGAAAUCGAGACCGAUCAAUUGAGGAACAUAAGAAAGCCAUGAAAAAUGUUGUUGAAGGCCACUUUAGGGCUUUAGUGGCUCAACUACUUCAAGUUGAAAAUUUACCUAUUUCUGAAGAUGGCAAGGAGGGCUGGCUAGAUAUACUAACCUCUUUGUCAUGGGAAGCAGCAAUGCAUCUUAAACCAGACACUAGUAGUGGUGGAGGAAUGGACCCUGGAUUAUAUGUCAAGAUUAAGUGCCUGGCUUGUGGGCAUCGCCGUGAUAGUAUGGUUGUGAAAGGAGUUGUGUGCAAGAAGAAUGUGGCCAACCGACGUAUGCCUUCAAAGAUUGAGAAAGCCCGCUUUCUAAUCCUUGGUGGAGCUCUUGAAUACCAGCGAGUAUCAAAUUUGCUUUCAAGUAUUGAUACUCUGUUGCAGCAGGAAAUGGAUCACUUGAAGAUGGCAAUUGCAAAGAUAGAUUCUCACCACCCCAAUGUUCUUUUGGUAGAGAAAACAGUUUCUCGUUGUGCUCAAGAUUAUCUUCUUGCUAAAAACAUUUCGCUUGUUUUGAAUGUAAAAAGGCCACUUCUAGAGCGCAUAGCACGCUGCACUGGUGCAGAUAUUGUCCCUUCAAUUGACCAUCUUUCAUCUUCAAAUCUGGGGCAUUGCGAACUGUUUCAUGUAGAGAAAUUCGUUGAAGAACAUGAUAUUGCCUGCCAAGAUGGAAAAAAACUAAAAACAUUGAUGUUUUUUAGGGGAUGCCCCAAACCCUUGGGUUGUACUAUUUUGCUUAAGGGUGCCUGUAGCAAUGAGCUGAAGAAAGUCAAGCAUGUUCUUCAAUAUGGAGUAUUUGCUGCAUAUCAUCUGGCUUUGGAAACAUCUUUUCUUGCUGAUGAGGGGGCCUCUCUUCCAGAACUUCCAUUGAAGUCUCCCAUAACUGUUGCACUUCCAGAUAAACCCUCUAUGGUAAACCGAUCUAUAUCCACAAUUCCUGGCUUCACAAUAUCUCCAGCGGAUAAGUCACAAUCUAGUAGUGUUGUGCAAACUUCUGGGAAAUCAGAUCCCAAUUUAGGACCAGAAACUGGAUCAGCUUUACGACUUUCUUAUGAAGAUAAUACUUCUCUCUCUAACUCUGAUAGUGCAGUUGUAAAUAUGCAUGAUCUUUCCUUUGAUAAAGGCAACCAACUGAAUAAUAUGGGAGAACAAUGCCUGGUCCCUUUUGUUUCUUCAUCUCACUCAGUUACAGCUCCAAGCUAUUCCCUUGGUCGUUCUGCCUGUCAUACUGGAGAAGAAAUUAUGGCAGACUUUUUGAGGGGUAAUGAACCUGGAUGCAUGGAAACUCAUAAAGAAACAAGUAUCAGUCAUCAAGUUCAAGCAUCUAACCUUCAUGAAAAUAGAGGAGUCUUUGAGGAUGGUAGGGGGACAGACUGUGAUGUGCAAAGAGAUGACCUAAAAUCUAUAAAAUUGCAUCGAGAUAAUUCAAGGAAUGAUGAUUUGGUUACAAAGGAAGAAUUCCCACCAUCUCCAUCAGAUCAUCAGAGCAUUUUGGUUUCUCUAUCUUCCCGCUGUGUUUGGAAAGGAGGUACUGUUUGUGAGCGUGCACAUCUAUUCCGCUUCAAAUAUUAUGGCAGUUUUGACAGGCCCCUUGGGAGAUACUUACGAGACCACUUAUUUAAUCAGAGUUAUAAGUGUCGUACUUGUGAGAUGCCAUCAGAAGUUCAUAUAUAUUGUUAUACACAUCGCCAAGGCAGCCUGACAAUAUCUGUUAAGAAGCUUGAAGAAUUUGUUCUGCCGGGAGCACGCGAUGGCAAGAUAUGGAUGUGGCACAGAUGCCUGUGCUGUCCUCGAGCUAAUGGGCUACCACCUGCAACUCCAAGAAUUGUAAUGUCUGAUGCUGCUUGGGGUUUGUCUUUUGGUAAAUUUUUAGAGCUUAGCUUUUCAAAUCAUGCUGCUGCAAGUAGAGUAGCUAGCUGUGGACAUUCACUACACAGGGAUUGUCUACGCUUUUAUGGAUAUGGGGAAAUGGUUGCUUGCUUCAAAUAUGCACCAAUAAAUAUACACUCUGUCUAUCUGCCACCUUCAAUAUUGGAUUUUAACUACCAGCAUCAAGAUUGGGUACAAGAAGAAACAGAUAAGCUAAGUAAUAUUGCGCUUGAUCUCUUCGCUCAAGUACAAAAGUCACUGCACCAACUUGAAGAGAAUAUCUCUAAUGCUGCUAACAUGAAAGUCCUUGAAGGUAUUUUGCUGAAAGAGAGAGCAGAAUUUGAGGAAUCUGUUCGGACAGUAACUAAAAAGGAGGAGACAGAUAUGCAGCCAUUUGUUGAUAUACUUGAAGUUAAUAAGUUGCAAAGGAAAUUGCUGUUCCAGUCCUAUGUAUGGGAUAAACAAAUAAAAUUUGCUACUGACGCAUGUACUAAAGGUUUGCCAACUAAGAAUAAAGAGGAACUAGCUCCUAGGGUUGGGAGGAGCUUCACAAAUUCAGACUCUUCAGUUUCUGUAACUUCUGCUGGACCCCAUAAUGGGAGUGGGAGUAAAGAUGAAGAUGAUCAAUAUAAACAACCUUCAGAUCAGCAAAAACUAGAUUUAGAACAUGAGAGCACCAAAGUCCUCUCUACUAGCACAACUGCAAGCAAUCAGACUGAUUUCCUGGAAUCACAUGAUGGUCCUCAUAGGGUUGUUUCUGUGGGGCAAUACCCAAUCAUGGAUGAGCUCUCUAACACCUUGGAUGCAAAAUGGAUAGGUGAAAAUGGUCCUACUUUAGUUGAUGCAAGCAAAUUGAACUUAUCAGGUCUAGAUGAUACAACUCAUAUUGAAUCAUCUGAGAAUGUUGAAGAAAGCUAUCACAUUGAUUCAAAUUCAACAUCUACAAAUACUUCUAGAUCAUGUGAACACAUUGAAGAUGUAUCUGUUUUUAUCAAGACGUCUGUAUCUGACCUCUAUGCUUCUCUCAACAAGGAUAUUGAUGGUUUCCUUAGUGCGUACCAUCCUGAAAGUAUACAUGUAUUUAAGGAGUUAUUGCAGAAGGGGUGGGGAAGGCUGUUUCUUCCCCUUGGUGUUAACGAUACUGCCAUUCCAAUUUAUGAUGAUGAACCAACGAGUGUCAUUUCUUAUGCUCUUGUUUGUGCUGAUUAUCACUCUCAAAUAUCUGAUGAGCCUGAGAAGUUAAGAGAUGGUAGGGAAUCUCCACUUUCUUUUACCAUCCAGGAUUAUGGAAACUCUUUCAUAUUUCAGUCAUUGGAUGAUAUUCCUUUUGAAACUUUCAAGAGUCUUGGGUCCAUUGAUGAUAGCACUCCAUCCAUCCCUGGUAGCAAGAGUCCCCUGACCAUAGAUCCACUUGCAUCCACUAAAUCAAUGCAUGUUAGAGUCUCUUUCGCAACAAGGUAUAGUGUGACUUGCUACUAUGCAAAACAUUUUGAAGCAUUAAGGAAAACUUGCUGUCCAUCUGAACUCGACUUUAUAAGGUCUCUUAGUCGUUGCAAAAAAUGGGGUGCACAAGGUGGGAAGAGCAAUGUCUUUUUUGCAAAGUCUCUGGAUGAUAGGUUCAUUAUAAAGCAGGUUACCAAGACUGAGUUAGAAUCAUUUAUUAAAUUUGCUCCGGAGUAUUUCAAGUAUCUGACAGAAUCCAUAAACACUGGGUGCCCAACAUGUUUGGCAAAGAUUCUUGGCAUUUACCAGGUCCUAAUCAAAAACUCAAAAGGUGGAAAAGAAUCAAAGAUGGAUGUUCUUGUAAUGGAGAACCUUUUAUUUGGAAGGAGUGUUGAGUGGUUGUAUGACCUUAAAGGAUCUUCAAGGUCUCGAUAUAAUGCAGAUUCAAGUGGUAACAAUAAGGUGCUUCUUGAUCAAAAUUUGAUUGAGGCCAUGCCUACUUCUCCAAUUUUUGUUGGAAACAAAGCAAAGAGACUUCUGGAAAGAGCUGUGUGGAAUGACACAGCCUUUCUUGCGUCCAUUGAUGUGAUGGAUUACUCUUUGCUCGUGGGGGUUGAUGAGAACAAGCAGGAGCUGGUUCUUGGAAUCAUUGAUUUCAUGCGGCAAUACACAUGGGACAAGCAUCUCGAGACAUGGGUGAAAGCCUCAGGAAUUCUGGGAGGACCCAAAGACGCAUCUCCCACUGUGAUUUCACCCAAACAAUACAAGAAACGAUUCAGGAAAGCAAUGUCGGCAUACUUCAUUGUGGUUCCUGAUCAAUGGUCACCACCUACCAUCAUACCAAGUCAAUCACAGUCUGACCUUUGCCGAGACGAUCUACUAGCCGCCUCUCCAAAUUUAUAAAUGCCAGCCUCAGCUUAUUUUUAAGGUUUGAACUGGCUACAUCCUACCAUAACAUCAUGGCGGACGGCCGUCCGAUUGUUCUUUGCUAAGCCAACCUUCUGAUGUUCAUGUGAAUGCCAUUGAGAUGUAUAGUGGGUGAUUGCCCACAUUUUUGUCAUUUUACACCAAAGCCCACCUCGUAUAAAAUCUCAUAAUAUACAGUAUGUUAGGUUUCUGUCUCCUAUUUGUUGUUCUCUCUACAUAUGCCCCAUUUAUUUGUCAAAGAUAUGCAACAUGGAUGUCGCUAUCAAGAUCCAUAACUAUGCUGUUUGUCUACCAUUUAUUUGUUUGUGUCCAUGAACUUGCUCGUUGUGUGGGAAGUGUAUGUAAUGUAAGUAGCAACACUAGAAUAUGUACAUUUCAAUCACAAUAAAUCUGAUUGCAUAGUACACUUCAGUGCUUCGUUGUA